AUGGUUCGCGCUACCGCUCUCAUCGCAGCCGUGCUGCCCGCCGCUCUCGCCGCUCCUUUCGGCCUCAGCAACAGCGGCGCUUCCACCAACGACUCUGGCUCCUUCAUGGGCGUUCCCAUCUCUAACCUCAACGCCGCCGACCUGAUUCCCAACAAGUACAUUGUCGUCUACAACAACACCUUUGACGAUGAUGCCAUUACCUCCAAGAUGUCCUCGUUCGCUGCCUCCAUCAAGAAGCGCAACAUUGGCAAGCGUUCCCUUGACGGCCGCUCCCUCAGCACCUCUACCCGCAACUUCAAGAUGAACGCGUGGCGCGCCACCGUUAUGGAGGCUGAUGACUCCAUGAUCAUGAGCGUUAUGAACGCCGAGGAGGUCGCCUACGUCGAGCAGGAUGCCAAGGUCAAGAUCUCCGCCACCGUCUCCCAGACCAACGCUCCCCCCGGCCUUGUCCGCAUGUCUCACGCCGCUGCCGGUGAGGCUGGCUACGUCUUCGACCAGACAGGAGGUGACGGUAUCACUGCCUACAUCGUCGACACCGGUAUCCUUACCACCCACUCCGAGUUCCAGGGCCGUGCUACCUUUGGCGCCAACUUCAUCAACAACGUCGACACUGAUGAGAACGGACACGGCUCCCACGUUGCUGGUACCAUUGGUGGUCAGACUUUCGGCGUUGCCAAGAAUGUCAACCUCAUUGGCGUCAAGGUUCUUGAUGGCGAUGGUGCUGGCUCCAACUCUGGUGUUCUCGAUGGCAUGCAGUUCGUCAUUGACGACGUCGCCAAGAAGAACCUCACUGGCAAGGCUGUCAUGAACAUGUCUCUUGGUGGCUCUGCCUCCGCUGCUGUCAAUCGCGCUAUCCAGGCUCUCAACAACGCUGGCAUCGUCCCCGUCGUCGCUGCCGGAAACGAGAACCAGGAUGCUGCCAACACCUCGCCCGCUUCCGCCCCCAACGCCAUCACUGUCGGUGCCAUUGAUGCCCGCAACGACCGCAAGGCCUCCUUCUCCAACUUCGGCACUGUCGUCGACAUCUUCGCCCCCGGCGUCAACAUUCUCUCUGUCGGCAUCACCUCCGAUACCGCCACCAACACCCUGUCCGGUACCUCCAUGGCCUCCCCUCACGUUGCUGGCCUUGCCGCCUACCUGAUGGGUCUUGAGGGCCUCAACACCGUCAAGGCUGUUACCGACCGCAUGCUCGCUCUCGCCACCGCCUCUGGUGCCACUGUCCAGCGCAACACUGCUGGCACCACCAACCUGAUUGCCAACAACGGACAGCUCUAG